AUGCUAUCGGUUCCUCGGGUAGCGGUAAGGACGCUAGCUUACACCAGAGUUAUGCGGCAUGGUAAUUACAAAUCAGGGUUUCAAUCAAGAUCAAUUUCGUCUAAUGAAGUUUUCAAUACAUCAACAAUACCUUCUACAUCUUCUUUCGAAAUUCCUUCUGCCCCUCUUCCUCCUGAAGCCGGUAGGACUAUAGAAGAAAUGAUCGCUAGCGGAGAAUCAGUGUUAUCUGAAUUAGGAUUAAUAUCUUGGUGGAAACCUUCUAGUUAUUUUAGAAUGGCUCUUGAAGGAAUUCAUACUUCUGUUGAUAUGCCGUGGUGGGCCACCAUUGUUUCAGCAACCAUAGCUUUACGUUUGGCUUUGAUUAUAGUACCUGUAAUGUCUCAACGAUUAGUUGCGAAGCAGUCACAAUAUAAAACAGAGUUGAAUGAGUUUAGAGAGCGAAUGGAAGAAGCUAGAAAAGAAGGAAACAAUAUGCUACAGCAGCAAGUUUUCAUGGAACAAAGAGACUUUUUACGUUCUAAAGAUAUUCGGUUGGGAAGACAAUUUAUGAUUCUUCUGGCCAACGGAGGUGUUUUCGCCACUCAAUUUUUCGCUAUUAAAAAGAUGAUAGCUGUUAAUUAUCCAGGUUUAUCAACAGGAGGAACUGCUUGGUUCACGGAUUUAACUAUGAGUGAUCCUUACUAUGCUCUGCCUUUCAUUAGUGCUGCCACUAUGGCUCUGGUUUCUCGGGUUGGUAUUGAAAUGGGAACUUCCGCUGACCAAAUGACCCCUGCUAUGAAGAUAGGAAUGCAAUAUGCUUUACCUGUUGUGAUUUUUGCGGUCAGCUCCCAGUUUGCUUCCGGUCUUUGCGUUUAUUGGUGCGCCUCUAACACAAUAUCUUUGGUAUAUGCAGGUGCUUUCAGAAAUGAAGCUGUGAGAAAACUGUUCAAAAUCCCUCCAGUUGUGAAACAUGACACACCUAAGAAACAAGACGGAGCUUUUAAACAGAUUAUGGCGAAUAUGAAAGCGAACAAAACCAUUCCACCAUCUAUAGCACAGUUGCGCGAACAAGAUGCACAACAAUUCAAGAAGGCUGGCCGAGGAAAGCCAAUAGUCAAAUAA